UCGGCGAGGGAUUUUUAGUCAAGAUGGCGGUGGCGGCUGCCGCGGCGAGCGUUUGGGGGUCAAGUCGAGGCUUGCGCCGGGUUGGCCUCCUGCUCCUGCGGCGGCCAGGGGCUCGUGGGCUGGCUAGAUCACAUUCCCAGAGGCAGCAACAGCACUUCUCGUCCCUGGAUGACAAGCCCCAGUUCCCAGGGGCCUCAGCGGAGUUUAUAGACAAGCUAGAGUUCAUCCAGCCCAAUGUCAUCUCUGGGAUCCCCAUCUACCGCGUCAUGGACCGGCAGGGCCAGAUCAUCAACCCCAGCGAGGAUCCCCACCUGCCCCAGGAGAAGGUGCUCAAGUUCUACAAGACCAUGACGCUGCUCAACACCAUGGACCGCAUCCUCUAUGAGUCCCAGAGACAGGGCCGGAUAUCCUUCUACAUGACCAACUAUGGUGAGGAGGGGACGCACGUGGGGAGUGCAGCAGCCCUGGACAACACGGACCUGGUGUUUGGCCAGUACCGGGAGGCAGGUGUGCUCAUGUACCGGAACUACCCCCUGGAACUGUUCAUGGCCCAGUGCUACGGCAACGUGAGCGACCUGGGCAAGGGGCGCCAGAUGCCUGUCCACUAUGGCUGCAGGGAGCGCCAUUUCGUCACCAUCUCCUCUCCACUGGCCACGCAGAUCCCUCAGGCGGUGGGGGCAGCCUACGCGGCCAAGCGGGCCAAUGCCAACGGGGCCGUCAUCUGUUACUUCGGAGAGGGCGCGGCCAGCGAGGGGGACGCCCACGCCGGCUUCAACUUCGCCGCCACCCUCGAGUGCCCCAUCAUCUUCUUCUGCCGGAACAACGGCUAUGCCAUCUCCACACCCACCUCCGAGCAGUACCGCGGGGACGGCAUCGCGGCUCGAGGCCCCGGAUACGGCAUCCUGUCCAUCCGCGUGGACGGCAAUGAUGUGUUUGCUGUAUACAACGCCACCAAGGAGGCCCGGCGGCGGGCCGUGGCGGAGAACCAGCCCUUCCUCAUUGAGGCCAUGACCUACAGGAUCGGGCACCACAGCACCAGUGACGACAGCUCGGCCUACCGCUCAGUGGACGAGGUCAAUUACUGGGACAAGCAGGACCACCCCAUCUCCCGGCUGAGGCACCACCUGCAGAGCUGCGGCUGGUGGGACGACGAGCAGGAGAAGGCCUGGAGGAAGCAGUCCCGCAGGAAGGUGAUGGAGGCCUUUGAGCAGGCCGAGCGGAAGCUGAAGCCCAGUCCCAGCCUUCUCUUCUCAGAUGUGUAUCAGGAGAUGCCUGCCCAGCUCCGCAAGCAGCAGGAGUCUUUGGCCCGUCACCUCCAGACCUACGGGGAACACUACCCCUUGGAUCACUUCGAGAAGUGAGGUUACUUGCCCCAUCCCCACCUACCUCAACUCUGCCUCUGAGGGGCAGAGGUGACGGGCAGGAUGCUACCCCCUUCUCCUGACAGCUCCCUCCAGCAUACUUGGCAGUACAGGGCAAUACUGCUCCUCCAGGCUGUUACAUUGGUGGGGCCUUGGUCAGCCCCUUCUUCGCCUUUAGUUACAGGGUCUUCUCCCAGGGGCUGGGCAAGGGCACCUCCAGGACUGGAAGCCCCUCAGGGCUCGGGGUGGACGUGGCAGGUCAGCCUGUGGAACUUUGACUCAGAGUGAGAGGUGGUCAGCAGGUAGUGAAUAAACUGUGUCUCUGCAUUUGGCUCCA